UUCCCGCGCCUCGCCCCAUCCCCGCUGCUGGACCGGCGCCGCCGCCCGAGGCCCCGGGCCACGCGUGGGGCUGCUCGGAGGCGCCGCGGGGCGCUGGCUCCUCCCGCCGCCGCCGCCGCCCCGCUGCCCUCGCGCGGGGGGAGCCCGGGGACGGGAGCGCGGCGGCGCCGAGAGGCGGAGCGGAGCGAGAGAGCGGCGGCCCCGCGCCCGGUCUGCGCGAUGCGGCGGCGGCUGGCGGCGGGCUGGGCGCUGGUGCUGCUGGCGGCCGCGCUCUGCGAGCCCGUGGCCGGCAAGGGCGGGCGCGGCGGGGCGCGGGGCGCGGCGCGGGGAGCCGCCCGCGGGCGGGCCAAGGCGACCCGGUACGGCUCGGCGCUGCGGGUGGCGGCGGGGGCGGCGGCGGCGGGGGCCGCCCUGCGCCGGGCCGGGUUCCACGGGCGGCCCGAGCCGGGCGAAAGCGUGGAGCGCCGCGACGGCAACUGGACGGGCGGCGCCUGGACCUCCGCCGCGGCGGCCACCGAGCCGGGAUGGGCCGUGCCCUGGCUCUGGCCGCUCGCCGCCACCCUGCGCCGCUGA